UGCGGAAGCUCCGGAGGCUCCGGCCGGGCAGCCCGACCAAGGGCGGCGCCGGCGGCGGCGAGUGUGGCGGGCGCCGGUGUUCUCGGCAGCCGAGCGUCGGAGCUGGAGCUGGAAAGGGCGCUGGCGGCCUCGGGGGGCACCUUGCCCCGAGCCCGAGGGGCUCCGGAUUCCAAAUGGCGAUCUCUCAGCCAGUCACCCGAGCAGCACAGGAAGGUGAUCACACUGGAGAAGGAAGAGGCUCAGGCCUUUGGCUUUGAGAUUCAGACCUACGGGCUGCAUCACCAGGACACAAAACGGGUGGAGAUGUUCAUUGUAUGCCGUGUGCAUGAUGAUAGCCCGGCCCAGGUAGCUGGCCUGAAACCAGGGGAUACGAUCACAGGCGUGAAUGGGCUCAAUGUGGAGGGGAUCCGACAUCGUGAGAUUGUGGAGAUCAUCAAAGCGUCUGGGAACGUGCUCAGGUUAGAGACCUUGUACGGCACUUCCAUCCGCAGGGCAGAGCUGGAAGCCCGUUUGCAGUACCUCAAGCAAACGCUCUAUGAAAAAUGGGGGGAGUAUCGGUCGCUGAUGGUGCAGGAGCAGCGCUUGGUUCGUGGGAUCGUGGUUAAAGACCCCAGCAUCUACGACACCCUGGAAUCUGUGCGUUCCUGCCUGUACGGAACUAGGCUGGCCGGAGGCCCUGCUGCCCCCUUUGGGGUGCUGUUGCCAGGAUCGGGGAGCACCUACAGCAGCGUGGGCUGUGUCAGCACCGCCACGGAUGAGAGCGAGGACUCCGUCUACCAGACCUGCUUCUUUGACUCGGCCAACUCCCUGGACAUUGCCCCCGCAGCUGCCCAGCGCCCGCGCCCAACGCUCACCCGCAGCGCCAGCGUCAAAUGCACAGGCAGCAGCCACAGCAAUGGUGGAGUCGCGCGGUUCUGGGACAGAUCGUGCGACCAAAAGAACUCCGCAGCCGCGCCAAGGCCCAGGAAGAGCAAACCGGGGAGCUUCCGCAAGAGACUGCUCAAAUUCAUCCCCGGGCUGAACCGUUCCCUGGAGGAAGAAGAGAGCCAGCUGUAAAAGGAGACAGCGGCGCGCAAGGGCAAUUUUUUUGUG